GCAGCAUUAGCGUUGAAAGAGAUUUGCCGUUGACUGGAGUUUGCAUCCCCCCCCUCCUGUUAAUGAAUGGAUGCUACGGCGGUAGGCUCGGGAGCUUCUUCCGUUGGAUUGCGGGAAACGGUGGAUAUCUAUUCUUGAAAUUUAUUUAUUUAUUUCUAUGCUCUCCAUUUUUUUCUCCCCACCCUCUCCUGGUGAGCUGUUGUCGAAAGGACGAUGGGGUCUUGUGCUUGAUCGGAUAAAGAUGGAGGUGAACGUGGCGUCUCCGGUGCUUGGCAUACUACUGAGGUUUCACAGCCCGUUAGGGUGAAUGGAGCUUUUAUUUCUGAUUUUUUUAAAGUGGGCUCUUUUGUUUUCCGGGGAUCGGCCGUGCACUCCUGUGGUGAAUUGAGCUAUUGUCGAAGACUGGGCCUCUUAAGCUUUGAAUCUUUGCCUAUCCAUCCAUCCCCUCCCUUCCUCUCCUUCCCUCCCUGGUUACCUUUCCCUCAGAGGGACCAAGCGGAUCCUAAAAACCUCCACUGAAACCUCUCCUCUCCGUCCUCCUUGCUUCCAAUGCCCCAUUUCCCUCAUCUCUACCCCUGCCCCCCCACCUCUCUCCCGCUCCCUCCUCCCACAUCAGAGCGGCUACGUAAUGUGCCUCCCUACGCAUGCAAAUGGGGAUGCUACAAAUGGUGGCUGGGACUGAUGCCGAUGAAAGGGUGAUGCCUCGCGCAAUCACCUGCACCUCUGCUGCCGCUGCCAUCGCUUCAGAUCAGCCCGGGAGAGCCCAGCAGCCGAUGACAACCACCCACAGUGCGAACACGGUCGUUUGUAGCUUGCUCGUGGAUGUAAAUGAGACGUGUGUUUGUGCGUGAAGGUGCACACUGGUUCCUGCCAUGUCUGGUGUGUGAUCGCUCUAGCGGGACGGUCUUACUGAUGCGGGGGAGGCACUGAGCCUCAGGUUGGUCGACCUCCCCCUGCACACCCCCCUUUUCCCACCUCCCUCCUUCCUUACCCCCCCAUCCUCCCCUUUUAUACCACCUCCUUCCCCCCCUUCCCCUUCCUCACCCCUACCAUCUUAUCCCUUCCUUCCCCUCCCUACAUCCCCGGGUGUGAAGGCCACCUGAAAAGGGGUCACGAUGAAGAAGAACCGCAGCAGCAAUCUGCGGCGGGCCUGGCCCAGCUCGGAGCUCAGCGAGCGCCCGCUGGAGCACAAUCUCUCCCGUAGUGAGAAAGACAUCCGUGUGCAGAAGCAGCAUCUUCCUCCCCCUCCUCCUCCUCAUUUCUCUCCGUCCCCGCCAAGUUAUCGUGCGCCAGGUGACGUGUCUCCGAUCAGUAUGUCACCUAUCAGCCAGUCACAGUUCAUCCCACUGGGGGAGAUAUUGUGCCUGGCCAUCUCUGCUAUGAACUCUGCCCACAAGCCGGUCAACCAGGAGGCUCUGGUGGAGCACCUCACUGCCAGCUUCCCAGGCGUGCCUACACCCAGCUCGGAGGUUCUGCGUCACACCCUGAACAUGCUGGUGCGAGAGAGAAAGAUCUACCCAACUCCAGAGGGCUAUUUCAUCGUCACCCCCCAGACCUAUUUUAUCACUCCUUCCCUCAUCAGAACCAACAACAAGUGGUAUCACCUGGAUGACCGGCUGACAGAACGGCAACCGCAACAGUCACAACAACAGCAGCAACAGCAACAACAACAGCAGCAGCAGCAACCUCAGCAAUGCACUUCGCCUAAGACUGGCAAUGUCACUCCAUCCACACCUGGCUGCCUGAGAGAGAGACCUCCUCGCAAGAAUCACAAUGACUCAUAUAACUCGUACCGCGAGGAAACGUCCAGACUUCACACCUCUGCGCACCAAAGUAAGUCCCCGAAGGAGCACAGGGAAGAUUCGUAUCAAAGUAAGCCGCCCAAGGAACACAAAACCGGGGAACCUCCGCCAAGCACGUCCACCAGGGAGCACCGAGGAGAACCGCCUUCAUAUCCUCAUCCCCCUCUUCCCACGCCCCCUCCUGCUCAGCAAUCGCCGCCUCAAGAAUCUGCAGAUAAGAGCAAAAGCAUUACUUCUUUCCCUUAUAAAACUGACACUCUGACCAAAAAGAAAGAAGGAAGUGGUGGUGGCGGAAAUGGCGAGAAGCAAUCCAAAAGGUUCGGACUAAGGCUCUUCAGGCUGAGCUUCAAGAAGGACAAAAUGAGACAGCUGGCCACCUUCUCAGCCCAGUUCCCCCCAGAGGAGUGGCCUCUUCGUGAUGAAGAGGUGCCAACCACGCCCAUACCCCGCGAGGUGGAGAUGGAGAUAAUCCGCCGAAUCAACCCUGACCUAACAGUGGAGAAUGUGGCGAGGCACACUGCUGUGAUGAAGAGGUUGGAGGAAGAGCGUACGCAGAAGAACAAGGCUGGGUCUUCGGCUCAGCACAGUGCACGCAGCAGGAGGGGAAGGGGCCACAGGAGGGCCCCACAUGGUAAGUCCCGCUCACACAGCAAGCCCCGUACCUCGAGAGGAGACCCUUCAGAGGGUUCAAACUGGGACCUUUUGUUCAUGGAAAGGGAUUACCGCUUCUUUAGCCACUCAUUGGUUCGCUCCCCUCGAGAGGCCAUGUACACCUUAGAGCGUAGAAGAAGUGGAGGCGCGACAUACCUGGUCCACAGCAACCCCAACAUUACUGAAUCAUACUGCCCUGUUACCCCUGAAUGGGAUGUUUCUGGUGAGCUAGCCAAGAGAAGGACUGAGAUGCCCUUCCCAGAGCCAUCACGUGGGACGUGCCAAUCAAGAGUGCAAAGAAGUCACAGUCACAAUCAGGACAGGAAGUCACGCCACGACAGGUCAGAUCAGGCUAAGGAGCGCUCUAGAUCCAUGGACAACUCCCUCAAAGGCCCGUCACUGGGGGCGCCUGAAGACUUUGAACCCAGUCUGGAGGAGCGUAGUCAUUACUACACAGAUGAUGGCACCCUGCGUGCCACUCAGAAGUCCUCCCAUUACUCAAGGAUCAUGUUCUCUGCUGCUAAGUUCCACUCUGAUUUUAAUGUGCCUGAUAUUGGGAAAGGGAGUUUGGACGAGUCAAGGAUCCGGAGUACGAUGGAGAGGAACAAAAGCAGAGACAGCUUGCCAACGUACAAUGAGCUAAUGGGACUUUCUCCUAAGCCCUCAACAGAUGAGUACUUCCAGUGCAAUACGUCAAAUGAAACAAUCCUAACUGCCCCUUCGCCUCAGGCAAAAUCAGAAUAUGACACAUUAACCUCAUCAGGGGGACUCCGAAAGGGCUCUCCGGCUGACCGCCAAACGCCUCACCUCACCUCUCCUCACACGAUGGAGUACAAAGAGGACUUGUCGGCAGCAAAGGGACAGAAUGGCUCGGUGCGACUGACGCCAAGCCAGACACCGGAGCCGGUGCAAAAUGCCCGCUUGACGCCGCACCAACACAAUGUAGAUCCUGGAGGGGGAGGGGGUGGUAUGUCGAUCAAGAGGAAAGAGAUCUUCAGCAAGGACACUUUGUUCAAACCUCCACACAAUGCCUUGUCCACAGGCUAUGUGGACAGCAGCUACACCAAGUCCGGCACAUUGCGGAAAGCCUCACAAGCCAAAUCAACAGAGGCCCUUGACAAUCCUGAGCCCCAGCAGCCUUCCAAUUCAGCCACUUCCUCAGCGUCACCCGCAGUUUUACAGGGCUGCUUAGAGCCAACAGUCCCCUCCGCCUCCUUUGACUAUUAUAAUGUAUCAGACGAUGAGGAAGAGGAGGAGGCAGAGGAGGACUCGCACAAAGAGUUGGCCAAGGCAGAAGACAACAAAGACCAUGGGGAAGGGGGAGGUAAUGGUGGAGGCAGUGGUGGUGGUGGGGAGGGAACCAUGCAGUGGCUACUGGAGCGGGAGAAGGACCACGAUCUGCAGCGGAAACUGGAGACCAAUCUGACCUUACUCAGCCCCAAGGAGACGGAGAACAGCAGCAGCCAGAAGUCAGCCCACUCUGCCCGGUUGGACAGCAUGGACAGCAGCAGUGUCACAGUGGACAGUGGAUUCAACUCCCCCAGGACACGUGAAAGCCUUGCAUCCAACACUUCCAGCAUAGUGGAAAGCAAUAGACGGCAGAAUCCAGCGCUGAGCCCCGGCCACAUCGGCACCAGUGGUAUCGGACUGCCAUUCAGCUUUCGCGCCAUCCCAGAACCCCCCGCCACGCAGCCUGAGAAAAUCCAGAAGUCAUCGAACUGCCUGGCCUCCAUCACCAGCGUCUGACGGACUGAGACCCUGACGGUGGUGGAGGAGAGAGGGAGCGAGGGGUUUCACCAUUUUAGACCCUCGCUUUCCUUGACCAAUACACUCACACACAUUAACAUAAACACACACUCACAUAUCUUCAGACUCCUGAGAAUCCAUUUACUGGGACUGUUACAAAAACAGGCAUGGCUUCAAGAGACUGUUCCCACAGCUUCAAGAACUUUACUGCAAAAAAGAGAAGAAAAACUACAGAAUAUCAAGACCACUGUAGGUGAAUGAACCUACCUGAAGUACUUUGAUUUUGGUGACAUGGACUCUAGUUUGGCUUAUAUCAAGAUUCUUGACUAUUGGUAUUGGAAAGUAGUAGACUAUAGGAUUCAAGUUACAUUUGGAAAUAUCAAAAACUUUUUAUAUUACUUAACAAUACAUGUCCAAUUAAAUGUUCUCCUUCCUGAAAUAGCGUCAAGUUCUUCAGGACGAUUCAAUGUAUCAGCACAAUGUCGAGACAAUAAAAGUUGAUCCUGAGAACAACGAAUGAAAGAUAUAAAAACAUAAAUCAGCUCAGAUUUGUGUACCGCAAUGCAAAUGAUGUAUGUAUACUCGAUACUUUUGAUAUCCUAAUUAUUAUAAUGGUGGUAUUAAAGAUGCUAUG